AUGGCAACACCCUUCCAGACUGAGGCCUGGACGGAGUAUGGCCUUGGUGUGGUCGUUAUUCUUCUUCGAAUAUUUGCGCGUUGGAGAAUUGUCGGUUUCAACUGGCAAGGCGAUGAUUAUUUCGCCGUACUCUGUUUAAUUUUCUGGACGCUCGAGUUAUGCAUGCUGGAACUGAUUGGUCAAAAUGGAACCAACAUCGGAAUCACGGACGACAUCGGCGCUACCCUUACACCUCAAGAAAUUGCAAAAUUCGAAUUUGGCUCCAAAUGCCUGCUGGCAGGAUGGAACUUCUACGUCACUCUCAUUUGGUGUCUUAAGGCGUGCAUUUUGUUCUUCUUCAGCCGCAUCACAUUAGCCACGAGGCAACAAAAGAUCGUCAAGUGGACAGCUAUUGCCACGAUUCUUGCCUACUGUGGUGUCAUUAUUGUCAUCUGGGGGCACUGCACACCUGUCCAGAGAAACUGGCAAGUCGUGCCGUACCCUGGUGACGAAUGCACCUUAGCGGUGCCAAACUACCUGAGUUUGGUGGUCCUCAACGUGACAACUGACAUGUGUAUUGUGUCGAUUCCGCUUCCGCUGUUGUGGACAGUGAAGCUCAGCAUCAAGCGCAAGCUGGCCAUUGGCGUCUUACUUUGCUCGGGUGUCUUCGUCAUGAUUGCCGCCCUCUUGCGGUGCGUGCUAUCGCUGAAAGACAUCGACGGCAUCAACGUCAGUACUAUCUGGGCUAUCAGAGAAACGUUCGUUGGAAUUAUAGCCGUAAACGCGGCCUGUAUUCGACCGCUAUUCUCCUCUUCGCACUGGCUCAGCUCAAGCAAGGGCAGCAGCAGCGGAAAUCUCAAGUACACCGGCUCUGGGGACAGAUACGGCCACCCACUUGUUACGAUAGGGGGAGGUGGACAGAGCACCGAUCGAUCUAUGCCCGCAAAGAGAAGAUACAACAAGUACAACAUGACGGAGUAUGACAAUAACUCUAGCGAAGAGCACAUCGUCAAACCGACCGAGUCGGCAAACUGGCCCCAAGGUGAUAGCCGUCGGGACGGCAGCUUGACAAGCAAGUCUAGCGGCCAGCACGGAGGCAUCAUGGUCACCACGACGUAUGAAGUCAAGCCGGAAAACAAACAGUAG